UUUAAUAUAUUAGUCUUUAGCUUCCACCUUCUAUUACAAGGGGACAAAUGUUUUGCCCAGACAGUAGCCUCAUUUACUAGCUGUGUCCUGAUUAAAUGCUGAACAAGUUACCUAGUAUGAAAUACUAUCAUUAUGCAUUAUCAUGUAGACACACCAGAGGGCAGGACUUAGGUAGCAUAAAUAUCUUUAUAGCUUACAUAAAUUGAAUUCAGCAACUAAAUGAUCCUUUUGAUACAUUUAUUGCAAUCUGAUUUUAAAAAGGCAUAUAAUCAUGGCUUACUUACAUAGCAUAAGAAUAAAAAUGGCACUGAAUUAAGAGAUAUCUAGUAUUUGGAACAGGGUUUUAAAAACCUGUAUAAAAUACGUACUUCAAAUUGCAUCCAUUAGCUAUGUCUCCUAGCCAGAAAAAAAAAAGUACUAUUCUUUAUAGUAACUAUCGUCAUUCUUAUUGAGGGAAGAGCAUACUGGGGGAAGAAAAAAGUAAAUUCAGGACAGUCAAUUUUGGUUAAUAUCCUCGACCAAACUAAUCCCCAGUGUAAGUCCUUUGAUAUAUUAUAUUCAUGUACUAUAGAAUAGUCAUCUUGUUUCAUACUUUCAUAGAUCUGUAUUCCAUUUGCGUUCGGUUGUGGCUUUCCAAGUUGCAGAAUCAUAAUUUACUUUGUCUGUCUUCAUAUAGAAGCUAUGUCUUAUCUUUGUCAGCUCUGUAUGUUUAAUUUUAUUUCUUCUUUACCGUUUUUGAGCUGCAGUGAUGAGAAUAGCAGGAAGUAUUCAAGGAGUAUAGGUAUUGUACCAGAAAAGAAAGCUGCUACAUGGUAUUUUCCAAUAGAAGAGGUGAGUUAGUAUGAAUGCAGGAACUAAAGGCUUUUUAACUCAAAAUUCAAUAGCAACAUAACACGAGUUUUACAGAUGAAACUUUGUAUUGCAGACCAGAGCUUUAGUAUGGUCAUGUAAUGAGUGCAUUUAGACAGAUUCAGUAGUCCUGGGAGCUGGAUGUACUGAGCGUCUGGUUGAGAGCAUGUGGUUCAGAGCAGCCAUUGAAACACUGCUGUACUAAACAGCUUAGCAAGAAGUAUUAGUAGUGUUAAAAACAAUGCUGUAAAUCUGGAGGCAUUACUUCCAUCAGAUUUGAUUUCUAAGUGAAUAUAAAGCUAUGCAACUAUGUACUGGCAAGACUAGUGAAAAAAUAAAGCUCUGAAUUGUAAAUCUACAAUGCUGUGACAGAACUGUCAAGAUCCUUAUUGUACUUCCAAAGCACAGUAAGUAGUGAAGAGCAGCUUAGGCUGUUUCCAGAGACCAGUUACACACAACAUGUAACAGAUCUACAGAUUUUCUAGCCAGAGAAAUACAACCAAACUUGACCCCAUUGCUGUCUGAAUACUGGAUGUUUUUGAGAUCUACCAGGUUAUACGUGUAUUUGACCAGUCAAAUUGUUAUGUCUAAAAAUCAUAAAUGUUAACAUUUUCUGAUCUCUGCCAGAUGAGAGUCAUGUUUGCAGGUCCAAAAAAAGUGAGAAACCUUUGAGCACAGCUGGAAAUCCAUUCACUCAAUUCUGGUUUGGCAUAUAGUGGAGAUAAACCUUGACGAUUGCUGGAAAGAGCAUUCUUCUGUAGCUGACAAUCUGUUUCUGGAUGGAUAGGCUGUUUACAAGUCUUGAUCUAAACAUGCAUAAAGGAAGGAAAAGUCGUCUAAUUUGGGAUCAAAGUCACUAUGUGGAAAAAACAUUUUUUCUUUUGCUUUUUACUUCUGGCUGUGACAACAAACCAGAUAGUAUAUGGGCAAAACAGAAAGAAAGGAAAGAAUUCUUAUUCUUUCGUGCAAAAAGAUGAAGGUGAUACGUGUCUCAUUGAUAUAGUCUUUAUCUUGGACAGUUCAGAAAGUGCCAAAAAUCAGUUGUUUGAUAUACAGAAGAAUUUUGUUCAAAAUUUAACUGACAGCAUUUUCCAGAUGAAGCCAGUUAAGUCUCAGAAGUAUAAUGUCAAACUAGCAAGUAUGCAGUUCAGCAGCACAGUCAGCAUUGAUCAUCCCUUUACAGCCUGGAAAAAUUUGCAGAAUUUUAAAGAGAAAGUCAAGUCUCUGGUCUUUAUUGGCCAUGGCACCUACUCCUAUUAUGCAAUUUCCAAUGCCACGCAGCUGUUUAAAACUGAAGGUCGUAAGAGAAGUGUGAAAGUGGCUUUUUUGAUGACUGAUGGUGUGGAUCAUCCAAACAGCCCUAAUGUCCAGAGUAUAGCCACAGCAGCUAGGAGUCUUGGAAUACAUUUUUCUACCAUUGGCCUUUCUAAGAAAAAUGUCCAAGAAGAAAAAUUGCGUGUGAUAUCUGGUGAUUCAUCCUCUAAGCAUAUCUUAUGCCUGGAUGAUGAGAACCUGAUAGUUGAUGUAGCGCUGGAACUGGAAGCCUUGCUUCAGAAGCAGUGUAUGCGGAAGAACUGUUGGUGUGAAAAGGGAGUAAAAGGAGACAAAGGUGAUUCUGGCAGUGCUGGUAACAGAGGGGAAAAAGGUGAGCCAGGACCAAAAGGAAAAAAGGGCGAUGCUCAAAAAGGAGAUCAGGGAGAAAAAGGUGAAGAGGGAGCUCCUGGCUACAAGGGAGACAAGGGUGAAAGAGGAGAAUGUGGAUCCCCAGGAGUAAAAGGGGAAAGAGGUUUGGAAGGUCCUUCUGGCCCUAGGGGAUCUCGGGGACCUCAGGGUAUCAGUGGACCUCCAGGUGAGCCAGGCCCAAAAGGCAUUCAAGGAAGCAAGGGAGAGCAAGGCCCUUUAGGUCCCUAUGGUCCUCCAGGACUCCCUGGUGUUGGAGAACCAGGACCCAAGGGUGCUCAAGGUCAAGAAGGUAAAAUUGGAUUCCCAGGACCUCCUGGAAUUGGUGAGCCAGGAUUACCUGGACCACGUGGCCCUGAUGGUCUGCCAGGUGAGAAAGGUCCACCAGGAGAGGGCAUUCAAGGCCAAAAGGGUGAAAAAGGCUCUCAAGGUGUAGCUGGUCUUCCUGGACCUCAAGGUCAACACAUCAAAGGUGACAAGGGUGAACAAGGCCAAGUAGGACCACAGGGCCCAGCUGGACCACCAGGAACAGGCUAUCCAGGAAGCCAGGGUAUACAGGGUCCACAAGGAAACCCUGGGGCAAAAGGAUCUAAAGGCUUGGGUCUGCCAGGUCCAAAGGGCCAAUCAGGUGAACCUGGACAAAAAGGAGAACCAGGGCUUCCAGGAACUGGCGUACGAGGACUUAAAGGAGAUAGAGGUCCAUCAGGACUCCCAGGAGAGAGGGGGGUGAAGGGAGAUCCUGGGAAGCCAGCAACAAAGGGGGAAAAGGGAGAUCAAGGUCCAAGAGGCCCAGAAGGACCCCCUGGCAAAGGAAGUGUAGGCCAAAAGGGUGACCCCGGAGAAAAAGGAUCCCAAGGACCAAUUGGUUCUAAAGGAGUACAAGGCCCAGCUGGACCAAAAGGUGAACCGGGAGAGAGAGGACCACCUGGUGUCGCUGGAUCAUCUAUUCGGGGACCUGCUGGACCAAAGGGGGAACCAGGACCCGAGGGACCACCAGGAGAUGAUGGAGCUCCUGGAAAAUCAAUAAUAGGACCAAAGGGUGGCCAGGGCCCACCUGGACUACCUGGACCCCGUGGAGAAAAAGGCGAUGGCCACAAAGGUGAAGCUGGACCUCCAGGACCACCAGGCCCCCCGGGACCACCAGGCCCACAUGGCGUGGGAGAUGCUGGACCAAAGGGAGACCGUGGAAUAAGAGGCUAUCCUGGGCCCCCGGGACCACGGGGAAGCGGAACGAUUGGUCCCAAGGGUGUUAUGGGACAGAAAGGCUUGCCUGGUCCACCUGGCCCCCCUGGCGACAGCAUACAAGGAAACAAGGGAGAAAAAGGAAAUCAAGGUUUUCCUGGACUAAAGGGAUCAAUAGGAAUUGGCCUUCCUGGACCAAAGGGAGACUAUGGAGAUAAAGGUGAUCCAGGGAGCAAAGGUGCCAAAGGAGAGGCUGGAGACCCAGGACCUCCAGGACCAAAGGGAAUUUGGGGAAGAAAAGGUGAACCUGGUCUUUCGAGAGAAGAAGUUAUCAGACUUAUCAGUGAAAUAUGUGGUUGUGGUAUCAGAUGUAGAGUAACACCACUGGAACUAGUAUUUGUCAUUGACAGUUCAGAAAGCGUUGGACCAGUUAACUUCAAUAUUACCAAAACUUUUAUGAAAACAAUCAUUGACAAGAUAUCUGCCAACCAGGCUACAACCCGCAUUGGCAUUAUCAACUUCAGCCAUAAAGUGGAGUUGGUGUCUUCUCUGAAGCAAUACUCAACCAAAGAAUACCUGAAAUCAGCUGUUGAUAAAAUGCCCUACUUAGGAGAAGGCACGUACACAGCUUCUGCUAUCCGAGAAGCCAUUCAGUUAUUUCAGGCAGCACGCCCGGCAGUAAGAAAAGUGGCUGUUGUAAUAACAGAUGGACAAGCGGACGCUCGUGAUAAAGUACGGCUAGAUACCAUAGCAAGAGAGGCCAAUGCUAUGAAUAUUGAGGUAUUUGUCAUUGGGAUUGUUCAAAGGACUGAUCCUCAUUAUGAUGAUUUUCUGAAAGAAAUGCAGCUCAUUGCAACAGACCCUGAUGAAGAACAUGUUUACCAGAUAGAUGACUUCAUGACACUUUCAGCUCUUGAAAAUAAACUGAUCACAAAAAUCUGUGAGAAUGUGUCUGAGGUCUACACCAGAAAAGAUAUUGUUUUAUCUCUAUCUCCAAGUCCGGAAUCUGAAAUUGCUAGUGAAGAUACCAAUAACCAGUUACCCAAAAUGACAACUUCAGAGAUUUAUACGCUCCCUACAGAAGGAACCGGUUAUCCACCUAGUCCACCACAGACCAGAUAUACUGAGCCACCGCCAUCUGCUCAGGAUCACACUGUGACCACCCCUGCUCACAGAGAAUCGAGAUUUCCCCCACUUUAUGACAUACCUGAAAUCAGACCUCAGAGUCCAGUUGUCAAUUCUUUGUUCAAUGUAACUGCUAGAGAAGAUCACCAUCUAACUGUGUUGCAAACACAGGUAGCAACAACCCAAAAAGAUCCAAGGUGCUUGGAACCUAUGAAACCAGGGGAUUGUCGGGACUAUGUGGUAAAAUGGUAUUAUGACAAGAAUGGCAAUUCUUGUGGCCAGUUCUGGUACGGAGGUUGCAAUGGUACCAACAAUAGAUUUGAAACGGAAAAAGAAUGUCGAGAAACCUGCAGUGAUUGAUGAAUAAAAAUGACUGCUGUUUGGAGUUUUUAAAGCUGGAAGUUCAUGUGUAUUGAGGAAGAACUGACUGAGAAGAAUCCAAAGUGAUGUGUUAAUCUGAAUAUAUUACUACCAUUCUCUACUGCUUUCCCCAAUAUUGUAUUCACAUUAACUAGAUUCCCGUAUAACGUAUGUUAUCUGCAACACCAUAGCAAUAACUUACGAUCACACAUACACACACAUGGGAACACACCUUUUCCCUCCACAUUUAUAUUAACUUGUUACUACUACUUGUGGCAAUGAUGAGAUUCUGGUUUUGGGAUUAAAAAGUCAAAAGUGUUUACACUUAGCAUUUAAUGACAGAGGUCUCAGUCUCAUGGAAGAAUAAAAUAUGUUCUAGUUUAAAACAGAGUAAGUGGUUCCUGAAAUUAGCACUCUUAAUACAGCAUUUAGAGACAUAAAUUAAGAUUUCCAUUAAUUAGAGUACCUCUUUGGAAUGUAAAUACCACAGCUAUAGGUAAUUAGAGGGUUUUUUUCCCCCCAUUAAUGCACAUUUGGAUUAACGUCAAUAUAAUGUUUUCAAUUACAAAGGUAGGACUUUCAUUCAGAAUUACAUUAAAAACAGGAUUCUUCGUGUCCUUUAGGCUAGUCAAUGCAUUUCAAUUUCUCAGGGCCUCUGUGUUAGGAAAAAAAAAAAAAAAAAAGAAAAAAAAAUGUUAUUUAGCUCUAAUAUAUGCUAUUAAAUUAAAAAAGAGAAAAGCACCAAAAGAUGUAUAUAAAUGUUUACUUAUAUGAUUUCUACUUUUAGCUGUAAUCCUACAUGAACAUAUCAUUAAAAAUGAAAAUUAUGAGCAUGUCAUUAAAAUGGAAAGCAAUACCUGAAA